AUGACCAUAGGCGCGACCGCGGGUAGGUUCCCUGGCCUGGUCAUGCAGGAGAUCGGCGGCCCCAGGCCCACGCCGCCCCGAGUGGGCGCGCGGACCGCAGAGGAGGGCGGUGUGUCCGCGCUCCGCCCGAGCACGCGGGCCCCUCGGUCGAGGCAGCCCCUCUCGGAGCAAGCCUUCCCCCGAGAUGUGGAUUGCGGUGGCGGGACCGGCGGGCGGAUGGCCCGGGGAGGGGGUGGGGAUGGGGAUGGGGGUGGGGGACCCGGGCCCAAGUUCGCGCCUCCCUCCUGCGUCCCACGGUCGGCGGAAGCGAUUAUGGCCCACCGGCGUCUGGCGAGGCUGGAGGCGGGCUCGCACCCCAAGAGACACGGGCCUCCUCCCGUCCCCCGCUUUGAUCGCGCCGCCGCCCGGCCCCCUCCCUCGGCCCCGGCAGCGCCGCCCCCAGCCGGCCUGGGCCCGCCUGCGCCCCCCAAAGGCGCGGCCGCCCCGUCGGCGCCGCAGCGCCGCAAGCGCACGUCGUUCAGCCCCGAGCAGCUGCGGCUGCUGGAGCUCGUCUUCCGCCGGACCAUGUACCCCGACAUCCACCUGCGCGAGCGCCUGGCCGCGCUCACCCUGCUCCCCGAGUCCCGGAUCCAGGUGUGGUUCCAGAACAGGCGGGCCAAGUCACGGCGGCAGAGCGGGAAAUCCUUUCAGCCGGCAGCCAGGCCCGGGCUUUCCCUCCACCACUCUGCUCCAGACACCGGAGAGAAAUGUUUGAAGCCCCCGCUGCCUCCCGAGGUGGACGUGAGCUGCCUGCCGGCUCCCAGUCGGGUUGGAGGGGGCAUCUCUGACUCUCGCUCCCAAGGUCAGGAUUUUGAAACCUAUUCUUUCUCUGAAGACAUUGGUUCAAAGCUGGACUCCUGGGAGGAACACAUCUUUUCUGCCUUUGGUAACUCUUGAGGAUUCUGGGAGA